CCGAACAAGCAAACUUCGCAACCGCUUUGAAACCGCAUCACUGCCAUCUCACCCGUCGCCGUAUCAUGAUUCUGUCAUGCAGUUUGCUGUUUGCAGUUUGUCAUGCAGUUUGCAGUUUCCCACCCACCAAAAUUAGCGGCAUUCCCCUUUGUGGCAUUUUGCGUCAGGGGACCCGUGCGUUAGCGGGCUCCCGGGUUUUGUGCGUCAAGUUUUCGACGGGCUCGUCCUCUGGCAGAUUGGCAACACUGUAUAGCAACACCGCGGUAUACGAACAUCAUGCAUCAUCCAACAUCAUCCAUGACGAACAUUGUUUUGCAGCUGCUCACAUCUCUGUGACGGAAUGUACGGUACGAUAUCUACACUUUCUUUGAGUUAGUGGAAACCUUCGUCCUGCGUUUUCACUGGUAUACAGAGACAGUCACCUUCUUGCUGGACCGUGUCAUCGCAUGAAUUAGUAAGAACGCCGUGCGCUCAGCGGCGAAUUGGUCCCCCACGCCGGCUGGCAGAUGGAAUCAGUGCCUGUCUACGUCUGUAGAAGAUGCAGCCAGAGAGCACAGACGGUUAAAGCUCUCUUUAGACACCUUACAAUUUGGCACAGCCAUGAGAGCAAUUGGUCCUGCUCCUUUGAUGGAUGUGCAAGAACCUACCGGUUGUACUCAUCGUUCAAAAAGCAUGUGGACCGUCAUCACAGCCACAUUUUUGAUAAUGCCUCUCAGUCCAACAGUCACCGUAGUGUCCACGUGGGGACCACACCUGAAGUACAUCAAGGAAGCACGGAUGAGCCUCUGGAAUACUUUCCUGGCGUCUCCACAAGUGGCACAUGUCUAGAAUUGCCCUCAUCAUUGACUUGCCAUGAGCGUGACCCUGUUGAGCAGCUUUCACUGUUGGUGUUAAAGUGGAAGGAGCAGCGACAGCUACCAGAAUCUACAGUAAACGAGAUUUGUAAUGAUAUCAUAGACUACCUGGGGACCCUCAGAGAACAGCCUUCAUCUCAACCAUACGACUUCAGCAUGUUGGCUACAAGGCGACAAAGAGAAAAAUACUGGACAAGUGCACUGAACUACAUCCCUCCUGUGACCGUGCCACUUCCCAAUGCCGAAGGCCGCUGUAAAAGGGACAGAUUUGAGUAUGUUCCCAUAUGUGAUGUGAUCUCAGCAUUGAUGCAAGCUGAGACGUACAAGACAGGUGACCGUGCCAGUAACAUUUUGCUUCAGGAUGUGUAUGACGGCUGCUAUUUUAAGUCACACCCUGUUUUUGGACAAGGGGAUGAGAAAAUUAUCAUCCAGUUGUACUUUGAUGAAUUCGAAGUCUGUAACCCCAUUGGCAGUAAAAGAGGGAAGCAUAAGAUAUUAGCAGGAUACUUCACCUUGCUGAACACCCCACUGCAGUGUAGAUCGAAGGUAAAUGACAAACAUCUGGUCCUCCUUGCAAAAAUGUCAUCUGUGAACUCCCACGGUCUCAAAAAGAUCAUGGAGCCAUUAGUGAACGACAUAAAAAGGCUAGAAACUGAAGGGAUACUAGUACGUGGGAGACGGCUUACUGGCACAGUGUUGUACAUUACAGGCGACAAUCUAGCAUCACACCAGAUUGGCGGAUUCCGCAUGUGUUUUUCCAGUGGUGCUAUGUGCAGAUUUUGCAUGGCUACAAGAGAUGAGAUAAACCUCAAGUGGGAAGAACGGGACUUCACUCCCCGGACACCAAGUGCUCACGCACGCCAUGUGACGCUUGUUGAGAGCGAUCCGUCACUUUCCAAGGUGUAUGGAGUAAAUCGUGAAAGUUGUCUGAACGAACUGAGCAGCUAUGACGCAACACGGAGUUUACCUCCUGAUAUUAUGCACGAUCUCUUUGAAGGGGUCAUACCUUUUGUUCUUAAACAUGUUGUCAAGAAGCUAGUGACGGAUGGUGUGAUAACGUUAGCAAUGUUGAACAGCCGUUUAGAGCGGUUCAAGUUUCAAGGCAAUGAUAAAAAAUCGCAGCCUCCAAGAUUGACACGUGCUGCUAUAUUUGGUUGCACCAGCAUAACUGGAUCAGCCUCUGAGAAGUGGUGUCUCUUCCGCUUCUUUUCAUUUCUUGUUGGAGAUAUCGUGCCUCCUGAUAAUGAGGCCUUUGAUCUGUACCUAUGUUUGCGGGAUAUAGUUGACAUUGUUGCUGCGCCACAGUUGACGCCUCAGAUCAUUCCAUUUCUGCAAGUUCAGAUUACUGACUUCUUUUCUUCCUUCACAGAAGUUUUCCCUAAUGUACCCUGCAUUCCCAAAAUGCACUUCAUGAUUCAUUACCCAAAACUAAUACUGAUGUAUGGUCCGCUGUCAAGGUUGUCUUCGAUCAGGUUUGAAGCGAAGCACCAGUACUUCAAGUCACUAGCAAGGAAGACUCAUAAUUUUGUUAAUAUAUGUCGGUCUCUCAGCAAGCGGCACCAAAUGAACCAGAUGUAUACUAUUGCCCAACCAGUUGAAGAGAUGGUAACCUCAGGUUGCAGACGAGUACCCUAUGAAACAUUGCCACAGCUGCUGAAGAAACGACUGGAGGACGUCGAAAUGGACAAUGAAGAAAUCAGCUCUCUUCUCUCUAUUACUGUAAAGGGUCGAUCCUUUCGGGUUGGAUGUGUCAUUCCAGUGCGAGUGUUUGAUGAUGACCUUCCGGACUUUGCUCACGUGACACUUAUUCUUGUAUGCAAGCAGAGGCUGUUUGUACACUGCCAGCUGCUUGAUACGAAGGCCUUUGACGAGCACUUUCAUGCUUUUGUUGUAGAACGCAAACCGGAGGCCAUUGUUAUUGAGGACUGCGAGCACUAUAGUGAAUUUCCUGACUUGGUAUACCUGUACGAAGUUUGCAAUAGGACUUAUGUAAACUUGCGUUACACAAUGUUCACAGGAAUGUAUGUCUUCUGACCAGCAGUUGUACAACAGUACAUUUCAACUACAUAGAGUUACAUUAUGCAGUCAGUUUGUUGUCAUGUGUUCAACCUCAAUCAUUUCCCUUCGUGUUCAUGAUUUAAGCCAAUUUUUUCUCUUUGUCCAGAAAGUGAUUUUAGUCAUGCAUUUGUGACCUUUACAAGAAGUUAUCUCCAGUUCAUUUUACUGUCGGCUGCUCUUGAGUUAAUAAACAUGUGUCUGUUUGUCAAAACACA